AUGAAUCAAAAAUCUUUAGCACAACAAUUAAAAUGUGCACGUGAACGUGAACAGCGUAAAAAUGAACCUAGCAGAAGAGCAAUUGCUCAACAAGAAAGCAGAAAUUAUAAGCGAGAAAUACAAGUGCAAGAAAAUGAAUUUGAUAGAAAAGCUAACACAUAUCAACAAAGUAGUACUAAUGAGUUAGAAAUGCAAAUACUUCAAAAUGAGCCAAAUAAAAGAUCUAUUGCACAACAAAAUAGAAGAAAUCGUGAAAGAGCAGAGAAUUCAGUAAACCAAAGAGCUAUCUCUCAACAAGAAAGAAGAAAACAUGAAAAAGAAGUUGAUACAGUAAAUCGAAGAAGUUUUUCUCAACAAGUUAGAAGAAACCAUGAAAGAACUACAAAUACAGUAAAUAAAAAAUCAAUUUCACAACAAAAAAGAAGACAAUGUGAAAGAGAAGCUAACGAACAAGCUCAAAGUGAAAAUGAGCAAGCAAAAAGAGCAUGUACUAUAUCUCUUGAUGAACUAUUAACACAACUUUAA